UUUUGAAAAAUUAGUUGCCUUUAGUAUAGAAGCGCACAAUGUAUUUAAAGAUAAUACUAUUAGCAAUCCUCGGCACUCAAGUGUCGACUGAAAAUCUAAGACUAUAUCCUAGAGAAUCGGAAACACGUGAAGUAAAACUGUUGGACGGCUUCUGGAAUUUUAAAGUAAUUCCGGCCGACGGCGACCAGAAUAUCGGCUUUACUGACAAAUGGUAUAAUAAACCAUUGGAUUCGUUAGGAGAUGUCAUCCCAAUGCCAGUUCCGUCAAGUUUUAAUGAUAUCACUCAAAGUCGUUACAUACGAGACUAUGCCGGUUGGGUUUGGUAUGACUUGAGCUUCUUUGCGCCCAACGAUUGGAGGGGCAAAUCGGUAACACUUCGUUUCGGAAGUGCUCACUACCAGACAAAUGUCUAUUUGAAUGGUGAAAGUGUUUUGAAUCAUACGGGCGGACACUUGCCGUUUGAAACAUAUGUGACAAAGAAAUUAAAAUAUGGAGAAAGCAAUUUGGUUACAGUGGCUCUCAAUAAUAAACUAUCCAAAGAAACUAUACCUCAGGGAUCAGUUAGUUAUAAGAACGACACGACUAGAUUCCCAAAAGGCUUUUAUGAGACUUCAACUAACUUUGAUUUUUUCAAUUACGCCGGAAUUCAUAGACAUGUCUUUCUCUAUGCUUUACCUAUGAAUCACAUCAACGAUAUCACAGUUACCACAGAUAUUAAGGAUUCAAAAACUGGUUUAAUUAACUAUGAGAUCACGUAUAGUGAGGCCAACACUGAUUCUGACUGUGCUAUUGAAGUGUUUGACAAAAGUGGUAAUAAAGUAGCCAAUAGUCAGGGAUUGAAGGGAUCCAUCAUAGUAUCCAACGCAACAUUUUGGUGGCCCUAUACUACAGAUCCUAAUCCUGGUUAUCAAUACUUAUUAAAAGUGAUGUUACAGGAGAGCGGAAAGACUGUCGAUGUCUACUAUCAGAAAGUAGGCAUCAGAACAAUCAAGAAUACUGACAAACAAUUCCUCAUUAAUGACAAACCAUUUUAUUUCCGAGGAUUUGGUAAACAUGAAGACGCAAAUAUUAGAGGCAAAGGUUUAGAUUAUCCUAUUUUAGCCAAAGAUUUCAAUUUAAUCAAAUGGAUUGGUGCCAACUCUUUCCGUACUUCUCAUUAUCCAUACUCUGAGGAAUUGAUGGAUAUGGCAGAUGAACAGGGAAUUGUUGUCAUUGAUGAGUGUCCUGCUGUCGGAUUAGAUUCAUUCAAUGAUGUUUUAUUGAAACAACAUUUGGUUACUAUUAGUGAAAUGAUUCAAAGAGAUAAAAAUAGACCAUCAGUGGUCAUGUGGUCCAUUGCUAACGAGCCUCAGUCAUCUCAWAAAGCUUCUGGCGAUUAUUUUAAGAAAGUGGCGGCUCAUGCAAGAAGUCUUGACAAAACCAGACCAUUGACUGCUGCCAUAAAUGCCGACUAUAAUAAUGACAAUAUGUCCCCAUCUUUGGAUGUAUUAAUGAUUAAUCGAUAUUAUGGCUGGUAUUCUGACACCGGUUACCCACAAGUUAUUGUCGGAACUYUGACUAAUAAUUUGAAGAAUUGGUUUAAUACACACAAAAAACCGAUUAUGAUCUCAGAGUACGGCGCCGACACUUUGGCCGGUUUACAUCAGGAUCCGUCUUAUGUGUUCACCGAAGACUAUGAGGCAGAAUUCAUAUCCGAUUAUCACAAGGCUUUUGACAAUUUAAUAGCCGAAGGAUUCUUCAUCGGUGAACACAUCUGGAACUUUGCAGACUUUAUGACUCGUCAGGAAAUCAGUCGAGUGAUCGGCAAUAGGAAAGGCAUAUUCACUCGUGAGAGACAACCUAAAGCUGCGGCCAGAAUAUUGCGGUGUCGGUACUGGAAUUUAGCGCCUAUUAAAACGGAACAACAUUCCGGUUUCUCAUACUGUCCUAUAUUCUAAUGUUAAUUAAAUUAUUUAUAAAAUAA